UAUGUUACAUGACACGUUCACAUCCAUUUUGUAACCGGUGAAUCAACGAUGCUGAUUGAGUUGAAACACUUUGUUUGACACUCACUUUUUACUUUCACCCUUUUUGUUUGAUCAUGAGAUGAUGAUGAUGGUGAUGGUUUUGAACUUGGGUCAAGUCCAGACAGAACAUAUAUACUUACUUGAAUGAAACAUUAUUCAGCUUCCAAGUUCCUCGUACCAAAGAAAGUGUUGGCGGCAUGGAGAAGGAGCAGCUUGAGUAUGUGUUGGUGCCAUCGGGUCUCUUGGUGUUCCUCACAUACCAUAUAUGGCUUGUAUACAACAUCGUGCACAACCCUCUUAGAACCGUCAUUGGCCUUAACGCCGAGUCUCGUCAUCAGUGGGUUCUUGCCAUGAUGAGUGAUCCUUUGAAGAAUGGGGUUUUGGCAGUUCAAACUAUUCGUAACAAUAUCAUGGCAUCUACUCUUCUAUCUACAACAGCCAUCACACUCAGUUCACUUAUUGGUAUUUUUGCCAACAGUACGUGGAGUUCUGAUGACACUUCUUUCGUACCCUAUGGCCGUUCUUCAAUCAAACAUAUUUCUGUCACCAUUUGCUUUCUUGUUGCAUUUUUAUGCAAUGUGCAGUCUAUAAGAUACUAUUGCCAUGUCAGUUUCUUAAUCACUGCACCAACAACCAGAGACAAAAGGGAGUAUAUGGAAUACAUUGCUAAGACAUUGAAUCGUGGGAGUCAUUCUUGGUCCAUUGGACUUCGAGCAUUUUACUUGUCUUUUCCAUUCUUCCUGUGGAUUUAUGGGCCCGUACCCAUGUUUGCAUGUUGCUGCUUGACAUCACUUAUUUUGUUCUUCUUGGAUACAACAGCUAAAAUCACGCGUGAUCUUCACAGUAACUCAUUCAAGAAGGAGAGAGGAACUCAUGUAGAGUCUGCUGUGGAGCCUGAUGAUUAUUAUCAUCCUUUAUCUGGUAACAAUUUGUCACAAAACUCGGGGGCCGAUCAUGUAUAAUUGAUUAUAUAUGUAACAAUUUUGUAUGUUCAUAUCGAGAAGUAUGAACAUGUGCCAGGGAUGUGAGGAGGAUUCACUGAGAGUACUAGGUAGUAAUUUUUGUUUCUUGUUAAUGGUAGUGGAAUUCAUUUUUGUUGUCUUUGCGUUAGUUAUGUUUCACUUCCUUGGGAUGAACUUACCCAUGUGCUACAUAGUACUUACAUUUGUUCCCAUUA